UCCAAAACCCUCAGUGCGCGGAGAAGGAAGAAAAUCAAGACGGGGGCUCGCUGCUAGGGUAGUCAUCACCUGGAGCCGAAGCGGGUUUAAAGAACAAGAGGGGUUCGCCGCACUUUUCUAAUCAUUUAUCUCUACAAGGGUUUUUUCACCUGCAGGAGAUGAGAUUUAAGUAGGGUUUAGUAAUUUCUGUAAACCGAAAUUGAAUAUAGUAAAUCGCCCAAAACCACAGCCUUCGUGACUGAACCCUCGCGAUGCAGUCGCGAUUAGAGCUAACAGGGAUAGACGACGGGAUCGCAACUUACAGAUACUGGAAACUCUCAUCUUUCCCAUCUCUCUCUUUCCGCCUCUCCGAUCUUAACCGAAAUCUUGGAGGAUGGUAACUUCACAUGUUCAUUUUCGCGGGAAGCGUCUGUCCCGGCUUUUGUAAAUCUGCAGCUCCAAUUUAAAUCCACCAAUUCCGAAGAUUUAGUAAAUCCAGGUGAAAUUCCGGCCUUAAUAUGUUGCCAGAAAAGCCCAUAGGGAAGGAAAGCAUGGCUGAUUCGCAGCACAAGACCGUGCCAGUACUCCCGUGGAUGCGGAAUCCUGUUGACAUCGAAGUCUUCGAUGACUGUCCUCUCGGUCUCGUUCCACGCUUAGAUCCACGAUUAGUGGAGGCUUUGCGGAAAAUGGAUAUUCAAUCACUAUUUCCUGUGCAAGUAGCAAUGUGGCAAGAAACAAUUGGGCCCGGUGCAUUCGAGCGAGACAUUUGUGUCAACUCGCCAACUGGGAGUGGCAAGACAUUGGCCUAUGCGCUGCCCAUUGUUCAGAUUCUCUCAACUCGGAAGAUCAGAUGUUUGCGUGCAUUAGUUGUUUUGCCUACUCGAGACUUGGCUAUACAGGUUAAAGAAGUUUUUGCUGCUAUUGCUCCUGCUGUAGGCCUGAGCGUAGGAGUAGCUGUUGGUCAAUCUUCUAUUGCAGAUGAAGUUUCAAAGCUGGUUGAGCAGCCUAGACUUGAUACGUUUUCAGCUUUUGAUCCAGAGGAUUGGCCACCAGAACUUCAAAGUUCUGUGGACAUAUUAAUUGCAACUCCAGGAAGGCUAAUGGAUCAUAUUAAUACAACGAAAGGUUUCAGUCUGGAGCAUCUAUGUUAUUUGGUAGUUGAUGAGACAGAUAGAUUGUUAAGGGAAGCAUAUCAGUCUUGGUUACCUACAGUAAUUCAACUUGCUUGUAUGAAAAGUCUAGCUGGCUAUAAGGAAGAUGUGAUUUUCCCAUCAAUGUUCAAUUCCUUGACCACCAUAAGACGGACUGGCGUGGAAAGAGGGUUCAAGGGUAAAAGUUAUCCCAGACUUGUUAAGAUGAUAAUGUCUGCUACGCUGACACAAGAUCCAAGCAAGCUUUCUCAACUUGAUUUGCACCACCCCUUGUUGUUAACUAGUGGAGAUAGGCGGUACAAGCUACCUGAAAAACUGGAAUCAUACAAACUAAUUUGUGAAUCAAAGUUGAAGCCCUUGUAUUUAGUUGCACUUUUGCAAGAUCUAAGAGGGGAAAAAUCGAUUGUAUUUACAUCAUCCGUGGAGUCAACUCACCGGCUUUCCAAAUUACUAAAUUUAUUCGGAGAACUUCCUUGCAAAGUUAGUGAGUAUUCAAGUCUACAACACCAGUCUGUUCGAAGCAAGAGGUUGAAGGCUUUUAGGGAAGGUAAAAUAGAAGUUCUAAUUGCUUCAGAUGCAAUGACUCGAGGAAUGGAUGUUGAAGGAGUGAGAAAUGUCAUUAAUUAUGACAUGCCUACUUAUGUCAAGGCAUUCGUCCAUCGUGCAGGACGUACUGCACGAGCGGGAAAUAAGGGCCGUUGCUUUACUUUACUGAGGAAAGAUGAGACUAAACGCUUCAGAAAGAUCCUCAGCAAGGCUGGUAAGAUGGUCUGUAAUGCUCAUGUCUUACCUGCCAACUCAAUUGAACGCCUGAGGCCAGUUUAUUCCACUGCGCUGGAGAAGCUGAAGCAGUAUGUGGACUCUAGAAAAGGUAAAAAACAUGGUAUCAGGUUCAAGUCAGCAGAAGCUGAUGUAAAGUAGACAAAAUUGAAGGAUUGGACCCAUACUUGAGAUGGAUACUUCGCUAAUAUAACCUGACAAUCAUGCUCAAGAAAAUACCAUACUGAGUUGGUUUGUCAUUCAGGCUAUUCAAACUUUGGAUGCUUUAUUUUGGAGAUGAACGUCAAGAUCCAGAGAGCGGAAGAGUGGACCACUAACAAUGAUUGUUAGGAAAUUUUUUCAUGCAUUUUUUUUCAAUCGAUUUUUUUUGACACUGAUACUCAUACCGACAAAAUGGACUAAUGGAUGCGAGCGCUGUUUUAAAUAAUUAUCAGCUUGGUAUCAUGCCCUGUUUUAGGGAGAUAAGCAGCUCCCAUCAGAUCAUCUCAGCAAUCUUUGUUGUGUUUUGUGCCAUUGGAGUGGUCUUCCAGAGGACUCUUUCUGUAGCUCAGGUUAGUCCCAUCUAUAGAAAUGUUUGUUUAGAUAUGAAGUAUCUGUGGCUAAGUUCAUUUGAACGUGUUGUUAAAUUAAUUGUCAUGAUAAUUUUAACUGAAUUGCUUAAUUUUUUUCAUUUCUGAUGCAAUUUGAAUACAUAUCUGAUGUAUCCUUCGAGUUUCUUUGUAAAAUGUUAUGUUUCAUAGUAAUGAGUGCGUAGUGCGCUGGAAAAGAGCUGCAAAACAACUGGAAAUUUGGAAUGCAAGUUUCAUUUUUG